AUGGCCCCGAUCGCGGUGUCAUCUGUUGCGAUACACAUCCGUGCAGAUACGUCUACUGCCCCGUCCAAGCCUCCAUCUCCAUCUGUUCUUGUCACCACGUUGGUAGUCUCGCUUCUCGGUGUCUCACUCGUUUUGGCCGUCGUCCUGGCUUUUCUCGCGGUGGGUCCAAUCUGCAAGACAGUCAAGGACGCGCGCGGGUGCCGCAGAGAGCGAAAGAAGUUGACAAAAAGAGGCCCCAGCCUCCGAUCGCAUCCUGAUGUCCAGUCAGUGGCGCAGCUUCCGCGUGUAUAUCCGCACCCUUUAGAGCCGGCGGCGGCGUACUGGCAACGGCAGCCACGAAAGCCGCUGACCAAACUGCCGGAGCUGCCACGACGGGUGCUGGAAGUCAAGUGUGAGGAGGCGCAACUGCAGAUGGAGGCCGAAACGGGCGCGGAGGAUAUGUACCUCCUUCUGGACGAGAACAACCAGCUCAGUCCGAUCGGGUCGCAUUGCACGGCUACGCCCAACGACUGCUUCUGA